AUGAGUCAAAUUUAUUCUUCCUUGCCAAAGACAAAGGGAAAGGUUGUUUUAGUUACUGAUUGUGGUGAUGUUGAAAUUGAAUUAUUUUCCAAAGAGGCUCCAAAGGCUUGCAAGAACUUUGUGCAAUUGUGUUUGGAGGAAUUUUACAAUGGAAUGAUUUUCCAUCGAAUUGUUGCAGAUCAAUUUGUUCAGACUGGUGACCCAACAGGAAAUGGAGAUUAUGGAGAAUCAAUUUAUGAACAUGAUGAAGAUAGAAAAGAAAAACAAUUUGAAGCAGAAUACCACUCACGACUAAAAUUUAUUCAAAGAGGAUUAGUUGCAUGUGCUGCACAGAAUAAUAAGAGUGAUUCACGCUUCUUUAUUACAGUUAACAAAUUGGAGGCAUUGAAUUUUAAGCAUACAAUAUUUGGACAGGUCGUUGGAAAUACCAUAUACAAUGUGUUAAAAAUUGCAGAGAUGGAAGUUGAUCAAAACGAUCGUCCUGUUUAUCCUCCAAAGAUAAUUCGAGCAGAAGUAAUAAUUAAUCCAUUUGAUGAUAUUGUUCCAAGGAAAAAGAGUGAGGCUGCUACUUCUGCUUCCCACAAGAGAAAGAAAAAACAAAACACAAAUAUUCUUUCAUUCUCAGAUGAAAUAGAUGAUGAGGUUGAAACUUCAAGUAAAAAGCAGAAAAAAGAACUUAAAAAAUUAGAAAAAGAAUUAUCAGAAGUGGAUGCUCUAGAGGAUCACUUACCGUCUCAAGUAAGAAACACCGAAAGUUCUUCUAUCAGAGAAAACUUUGAAAGAUUUAUUCAAGAAUCUUCUCCCAAAAUUCGGACAGUCAUUGAAAAAUCACAACAACAAGACGAUUCGUCAGUAGAAAACAAAUUUUCCUCUCUGAGAAAAGAAAGAGAAGCCAAAGAAAUAGAGACACUGCAGAAUCGAACGAAACAAGAAGCCAAAAGUUAUUUAAAUGAACAAAUGCAAAAGUAUAAAAAGACUAAGAAAGAUAAAGAAGAAAGAGAGAGAGAUGCCCUUCAGAGAUUUGAAAAGUUUUCUAAAGGCUUGAAAACCAGUAACGAAAAGGGAUGGCAGAGUCAUUCUUUGAAUUUUAAAGAACAGAAAUAA